AUGAUCUCGCCUCUGAAAGACAUCAUGAUUGGCCUAACGCUCGCCAUUGGGGUGGGUUUGAUCUAUAAAGACCGGAAGGACGGAGAAAUGGACCGCAUCAACCGAUUCUACAAGAGGCAGGCGGCUCGGGAGGCGAAGCAGCAGCAGCAGCAGCAGCAGCAGCAGGAGGGCAUCCACGACGCUGAGUCCAUCCUAGCUCAGGAUUCUGGAGAUGUCUGUGUGCAAAAGGCUUUCGAGUUGGUGCAGCAGACUUCAAUCGUCCUUCAGCCCCGUCAAAUGCUGGUGCUGGCGCUGGCCUCCGUGGCCUCGGCGACGGCCGAAGCUUUCGCCACGCAGGAUCCGAAGGCCCUGGAGAUCGCAGACCACCAGCACCACGGAAGUCACGAGCCCGAGAGCGACGGCGUCGUCGUGCGCUGCCGCUCGUGCGGCGCCCCCGUCGCCUACAAGAAGGACUACAUCGAGCUGCACGACACGUCCAACGCAGUCGGAAGUCGCCGCGAGGCCGUUUUGGGCGACGACGCCGAGAUUUUCACCUUCGUGAACCCCAGCAGAGCAGAGUUCGAGCUCGCGGGCUUCAAGAAGGUGGUGGGGCUGGAGGGCGAGGUCUUCUCCAAGAAGGCGACGGUGUUUGACGACUACAGCUGGCGGGACAUUCGCUGCAGUAGCUGCAAGAGGCACAUUGGGUGGGCAUUCUACCACGACGAGUUGCAGCAGUGCAUCAACACGCAGCUGGUGGAGUCCAUUACAGCCAAGAGAGCCAAGGAGAAACUGCUCGCGUCGACCGCGGAGAAGGAACGGAAGGCCGAAAUCGUGAGGAAGGAGCUGGAAGGUCAAUGCCUCUUCGCUGCUGCGGGCUGGUGGACGUACGAGGUCUGCUACAAGAAAGAGGUCCGUCAAUUCCACCAAGAAGCGGACGGAUCUCGCCCCAGUGACUGGAGCAUGGGCGUGUACGUUCCUGAUGCUCAGGAGAAGGACACUGGUUACGAGGGCACCGAUGUCGUUCAGUACUUCGCGGGUGGCCAGCACUGUGAUGAGAAUGGUGAGCUCCGCAGCACCAAGGUCGUGUACUCGUGCUGCAAGUCCCGUCCGAAGGACAUUUCGGUGGAAAAAGUGGACGAGCCUGCGCUGUGCACGUACCUUAUCAGUGUAUGCGUACCAAGCUUGUGUGACACGGAGCAGGAUGAAGAGCAGGACGCGGCCGAAAACGAGCUAAUUAUUGAGUCCUGCAAAGAGAAAUUCGACGCUACCCACGCCGAUGCACCAAAGCCGUCCACGUUUGCUGGUUUGCGCUGGUCCACUGUUAUCUCAGAAGACAGCAGCGAGCUGGACUGGGCUCGACGGAUGCAGUUUGCAGACUGA